AUGGAGGGCAAGAAAAUGGUGAAAGUGAUGAUGAUGAUCUUCAAUAUCAUCAUGAUGGUUAUGGGGAUGGUGUCAGGACAGGAUGCAAAUGGCACAACGCCUACUAAUCCUUUUCCUUUUACUGAUUGUUAUGGCAGGUGCUUAUUUUUCUGUCUAAUUGAACCCCAAAAUAUGUGUACAUGUACAUCUACAUGCCUCAAAAAAUGUCUUGAUACACCUUCUAACACAAUGGCUAUGGCUGUGGAUGGAUAUGGAGAAAAUUUUGGCUAUUGCAAGCUUGGUUGUGCCACUUCUUUGUGUUCGAACAUUAGCAAACCACAUAAUCUCGUGAUAAGGAUGGAGAAAGCAUGGGAAGAUGUGUGGAUUCUUGUUCCAACAAGUGCACCAUGA